CAUGGAUUUCCUGGCAGAUGGGAACCACACUACAGUGACAGAAUUCAUUUUACUGGGCUUAACUGAUGACCCAGUCCUGCGAGUCUUCCUCUUCAUUGUCAUACUGGGCAUCUACCUGGUGACUGUAUCGGGAAACCUCUGCAUAGUCCUUCUCAUCAGGGUCUCUUCUCAGCUCCAUCACCCCAUGUACUUUUUCCUGAGCCACUUGGCUUUUGCUGACAUAAGCUUUUCAUCUUCUGUCACACCCAACAUGCUUGUGAACUUCCUGGUGGAGAGGAACACCAUCUCCUACCUGGGAUGUGGCAUCCAGCUUGGCGCAGCUACAUUUUUUGGGGCAGUGGAGUGUUCCCUUCUGGCUGCCAUGGCCUAUGAUCGCUUUGUGGCCAUCUGCAACCCACUACUUUAUUCAUCCAAAAUGUCCACACGAGUCUGUGUCUGGUUGCUUGCAGUAGCGUAUUUAUGUGGUUGUCUUAAUGCUUCCUCCUUCACUUUUUCCUUCUUUUCUUUUGUCUUCUGUGCAUCAAACAGAGUGAAUCAUUUUUUCUGUGAUUUUGCUCCAUUAUUAGAACUCUCUUGUUCUGACGUCACCAUCCUGGAGGACACUUGCUCAUUUUCUGCUGGCUCCAUCAUUGAGCUGACAGUUAUUGCCAUAGCCAUCUCCUACAUCUACAUCCUCAUCACCAUCCUGAAGAUGCGCUCCAUGGAGGGCCGCCACAGGGCCUUCUCCACCUGUGCCUCCCACCUCACUGCGGUCACUCUGUUCUAUGGGACUGUUACAUUCAUUUAUGUGAUGCCCAAGUCCAGCUUCACCACUGACCAGAACAAGGUGGUGUCUGUGUUCUACAUGGUGGUGAUCCCCAUGUUGAACCCCCUCAUCUACAGCCUGAGGAAUAAUGAGAUUAAAGGUGCUCUGAAGAGAGAACUUGGCAGGAAAAUAUUUUCCUUGUGA